AUGUCGCACAAUCCCCGUCAAGGCCUGCCCUGGUAUCGCUGGUAUGCCGAGUCAGACGGCCCCAAGGAGCGCCGGCUCUUGCUCAAGCUCGACUUGCUCAUCAUCCCUUAUGCCUUUAUCGCCUUCUGGUUGGAAUAUAUCGACAGUACCAAUAUCAGCAAUGCAUACGUGUCCGGGCUCGCGAGAGAUUUGGAUUUCCACGGGAAUGAGCUCGUCCGCUUCCAGACCAUCUUCACCGUGGGCGCGGUGCUGGGCCAAUUGCCCUUUGCUUUGCUGUUCCCCUUGUUCCCUAUGAACUACUUGGUUCCGGGCAUGGAGAUAGCCUGGGGCAUUUUUACCCUGCUACAGUACCGUGGGAACUCGUUCGCCGAGUUCAUGGCGUACCGGUUCUUUGUGGGCUUUUUCUCGAGUGCUUUUUUCCCCGGUGUGCACUACGUGUUGGGCGCAUGGUAUCGACGCGACGAAUUGGCUCGUCGGGGCGGCAUCUUCUAUGUCGGAUUGACGUUCGGCGGCGUCACUGCUAGUCUGAUCCAGAGCGGAGCGUCGAAACACCUGGACGGCGUGUCUGGACUUGCGGGAUGGAGAUGGAUGUUCAUCAUCGUGGCGGUGAUGACGCUCCCGGUCGGCAUUGCGGGCGUCUUCAUCUGGCCGGGGACGCCGGCCAUGCCCAACAAGCUCAUUCUCACGGCCGAAGACCUGACGUUGGCGCGCAAACGACUCUCCGACACCAACCACAGCGUUGUCGAGGGCCAGGGACUGAGGCCGUCGCUCCAGAUCUUCAAGGACAUCUUCACUGAUUCCAAGAUCUACUACCUCACCUUCUGGGCCUCGCUGUUCUGGAACGCCGCGGCCGCCGUCAACGGCCAGUUCCUCCUCUGGCUCCAGAGUUUGGAUCGAUACUCCGAGUCGAGGAUCAACUCGCUCGGCGCUCUGGCCCCUGGUCUCGGCAUGGCCUGGAUUCUCCUGGUCAACUUCAGUUCCGACUUGGUCUUGCGCCCGCCCGGCGCCAUCACCAUGGCAUUGACGGUCAAUAUCAUCGUCUGUAUCAUCCUCGCUAUCUGGGACGUGCCCGAUUCCGCAAAGUGGUUUGCCUUCUGCAUGUCGUACUUUGAGCUGGGCGUCAGCAGCGUCCUGUACGGCUGGACCAACGAUAUCUUGCGCCACGACAAUCAGCGCCGAGCUCUCACCCUGGUACUGAUGAAUGCCGUCGCCCAGAGCACCACCGGUUGGACCCCGCUGUUGGUGUGGAAGACUGUCGAAGCCCCCCAAUUCCUGAAGGGCUAUACCUUCACCGCCGUCGACUCCUUCUGCCUGAUUUGCUUCACCUGGGUCGUGUUUUUCCUCCAUCGGAGAUCUGAGAGAAAGUAUGCCCUCGAACAUCCUCGGUCGUCGUCCGUCGAUGGAGGAGAAUCAGCCAGUCCAGAGCAAGUCGACCCUCGAAAGGCGGAAGGCGCCGUCAGUGUUGUACCACUAUCAACAGAGUGA